AACAUUGGUCACUCUGGCGCUGAACUUAUUUAGCCUCACAAUAUAAAUCAACGAAAAACUGUAUUAAAAAAUUAAUAAUAAUGUCAGCCAAGGCAAAGCGUCAGAGAAAAGAGGAGGAUGCACCCGCAGGGGGCGGCGUCACCAAGCCGAAACAGCCGAAAAUCAAAGCCAAGAGGCAAUCGGACGCCGGUUACGGAUCCGGAGAGUGGGAUGUUGACUCCUACCGCACGGAAUACGAGAGCGAGGAGCACUGGGACCUGCGCCGCAGCUUCAUGCUGGCCCACAAGGAUAACUUCGACGAGGAGCGCCUCGUGUGCCUAGCCCAGACGUUUGUCAACAUGGAGUUCCUCGGUUGCAAGUACCCCAGCGAGACCAUGCACCAGGUGGCCGAAAUGUCCAAGGAGAUUGCAGAGGAUUUCCGGAGAAAGCGUGCCUUGCGUCUGAAGCGCACCUUUGUCUCGGCCUCAGACGCGGCGGAGCAGCGCGCUAAAGGACGCAGGGGUGCAGCCGCAAAUCAGCCACGCGCGGCGGAUUCCCCAAAGGAUAGCUCGAACAGAUUCACACGAGAACGCCUGUGCUUCGGCGGUGGCGAGCCAAUCGAUCUCUACCAGGGCCUGCGCUUCGGCCCGCUCAUACUGUACUUGGCCGGCGGGCGCAGCUGCCUUCGCAACUCCUGCACCACCUUUAACAUAAAGUACGAGGAGCGAGCCAGCCAAGAGCAGCCGCCCAGCGACACGACAAAGUAUGCCGAAAUACUGCUCAAUGACGAGGUGAUAGCCUCCGGCCAAGGCGAAAACCUUAAGGUGGCCAAAAUGGCAGCUUUUAAGCAGGCUUUGCUCCUCAUACAGUCCCACUGCUACAGCAUAAAGCUGAACGCCACCCGCGAGACCAUCAAGGUGGAGAAGAGCAAGAACGGCGUGAACAUUAACGUCACCAAGGAGUCGGCAGACAGCCUAGGCGAUCGCAAGCUGGAUGCCAGCAACAAGGGUUACCACAUGAUGCGAAUGAUGGGCUGGACAGGCGGUGGCCUGGGCCGUCAGAAGCAGGGACGGGAAGAGCCAGUGGGAUAUUUACUAAAGAGCAACCGCACUGGACUGGGCUCAAUCAAUCUGCAGGGCAGUCUCGCUGAAUACCGCAAGCUGAUAGAGAACUACGUGAACUCGGACGACAUGCGCGACAUGCAGUUUGAGCCGACGUUCUCGAAGGAGGAGCGCGCUGCCUUUCACCAGAUGGCCAGCAGGCUGGGCUUGCGCUCCAACAGCUAUGGUACUGGCGAGUCCCGGCGACUGUUGAUCACCAAGAAGGUUAGCUACAGUACAAUACUCACGGAAGUCCUGUGCCGGCGGAAUCACAAGUUUUGCGAACGCUACUUUGUGCAGGUACCCAUGCAGAAGGCUCACCUGUUUCCCGGCCAUGUGGCCGGGUUGGAGUUGGAAAAUAUAUGCGAAUAGGCGGCAGGAAGAGGUCAACAGCUCAUAGUUCUCGUAUAGGGGAUUUCUUAAUCGUUAUUAGUUGUAAGCAAAAAGAUUUCAAAUACAAAACAAUACGUUUUUCUAACA